AUGCCUCCCAAAAAGAAGGUGCGCAGCAGUGUGUCUGCUGUCGCAACGCCAACGCCAGCUCGCGAUGAAGAUGCCAUGGAUGUCGAUACACCUGCUGCAGAUACUCCCGUGGCGAGCGCGCCUCCGAUCAAGCCUUCUGCGGAUGAGUGGCCAAACAAUCUGUGGACCGACGACCAACUCUCAUCUCUUUACAAAGGAGUUAUCCGGUGGAAACCAGCAGGCAUGCACAAACACUUCAGGAUGAUUGCUAUCAGCGAGCACUUGCGGAAUCACGGAAUUGACCCCGACUUUUACACCCACACACGUAUCCCCCAUAUCUGGACGAAGCUACGCACCUUGUACGACCUUAAGACGAUCGACCAGCGAGAAGACUUCUACGACGCCCAAGAAGAUGACAACUAUGACGACCGAUUCAAGGAGUUCACUCUUCCAUACGACGAGUUUGACGAUAUGAUGAUGGAGCGUCGCCUUGCCGAUGCUAGUGAACCUCCAACCUCACCACCCGAAUUCGAGCUUACACCACCACCGCCCUCUCCCGGCGGUAGCAACACUGGCGGAAACACCAGGCGGCGAAAGCGCGCCUCCACAGUGACCAAGACUCGCGCCAGCACCGUCGAGGAUACGGAAGAUGCUGGCACAGACACUGCGUCGCCGCCUCCAAAAUCGGCGCGGGUGGCCAGGAGUCAGAAGAGGGCUGCCGGCAAGGCUAAAGCCGAGAAAGCUGAGAAGGUCGAAGAGCCUGAAAAGCCAAAGAAGUCCGGGAAGCCGGCGAAGGCAGAGAAACCCAAGAAGGGCGGGAAAGCUGGCAAGGCUGAAAAGGCCGACUCGACGAACUCGGAAGAUGACAACGAUGAUGACGAAAACUCGGGCGGGGAUGAGGACGGGUCCGACUCGGACGAAGAAGAGCAAGAUGAUCGCAAUGAGGCUGAAGACGGAGAAGAUGGAGACGACGGCGACGAGGAAGAGGAAGGUGAUGGGAGCAAUUCUGGCGAUGGUAGUGGCUCUGGUGAUGCCGGUGACUCUGGCGGCUCUGGAGACUCCGAUGAUGGAGACGAGGAGGAAGAGGAGAGCGCCGAAGAUAGCGGGACCCCAGUAUCGCGUUCGACAAGAGGUGCUGCCCGAGGUCGUGGCAGAGGCAGAGGCCGAGUCCCACCCGCCACAGCAAACAGGCUGGCGGCUGUCCAUAAAGACAGACCUAGUGGAAUAAAGAUACCCGCCGCGAUAUGCGACUUCACGAAUGCUUCACUGGAUAGCAUGGGACGAUGGUCUUGGAAUAAGAAGAAGAACAAAAAGUAG